AUGGCUCUGCCUCGCCCACCGUCGCGCCGUCCUCUGACCCCCGUCGACCAGCGCAUCCCCAGCAUCCAGGAGCGUUGGCUGGCCGCGCUCCAGAACUCGGGCCGGGACCUGGCGUCGGCGUUGCGAGCACCGUCCCCCAUCUGCUGCCGGCCACCACGAGCGCCGGACAAUGCGGUGCCGGCCGUUCCUGCUCCGCCGCCGAUUCCGGACCUCGUGGUCCUAGGCUCGGCGCCGGCGGCGCCGUCCACGGAGCCGCCGCGUCUUGGGACCCUGUUGGGCAUGGGGGUUUUCUUGACCCCCAUCCAAGGUUUUUCUCCUGUCGGCAGGUCGUCCUCCUCGACCUCCGGCGUGGCCAUGAGCACGGGGCCGAUGCCGCAGGCCGUUGCCAGGGCCGGCUCCUCCUCUGCUCCGCCACCUCUCUCCUUCCCGCCGGGGUUUUCACCCCGGCCUCAGUUCACUGCGACUGCGCAUGCUCCGAAAAAUGCAAUUCCGUCCAAGCCAGUCCCCGUCUUCCUCCUGCUCGCCAUCUAUACCGCGGCGACCAGCGGCAAGCCUUUGCUCAUGACGAUCACCAAGGAAGGCGUGUCCACGACGCUCUAA